AUGGAAAGUGUUAAAAAACAAAAUUCACCGUUAAACAAUAAUGUUAUCAAAACUCGUAAUUUAUCAAAGAAUGAAGAAAAAAACAGUUUACAGAAUUCAUUUCUAGGGAGAUUUUACAGAGCAUUUUAUGUAUUAUAUUGUAUCGUGGGAUUUUUAGUUACAUUAGGAUCUCUUUACUUACUAAUAUGUUUUUACGCUUACUUCAAGAAAUUUUUACAGUCAAAUAAUCUUAAUAAAAAUGAAUCUCAAUUUCUGUUUAAUAAAGCCGGAGAAUUUAAAAAUAUUAAGUAUUAUGGAUAUAAAAAAACUUUUCAGACUGUAAUUUUUAGUAUGAUGAAUAUUAUUAAAUCUUCUAAAAAUUUGUCUGAUAAAGAAUUUUCCGCGCGUUAUGAUUGUACUGCUAGAAAUUAUUUAUUUUAUGGACCUCCUGGUACUGGUAAAACACUCUUUGUUAAAAGACUUGUUUAUCUUCUAAAUUACAACUUUAAUGACAAAUUUAAAACUACUAAUAAAGAUUAUGUUAGAAUUUGUUUUGUAUCUCCAAACCAAUUAGAAGAUAAAUUUAUUGGAGAGACAGAAAAAAACAUUAAAAAUUUAUUUAAAGAAGCAAGGGAUGAUAAGGAUUACACUGCAACAAUAAUUUUUAUUGAUGAGAUCGAUUCUUUUUUUGGAGACAGAAAACUUGACACUACAAUACAUUCGUCAAAAUCAAAAACAGAAUUUUUAAACUUUUUAAGUGGAGUUAAUGAAGAUAGGAAAAAAAAUGUCUUUUUUAUAGGGGCUACUAAUCUUAUUACACGAAUUGAUGAUGCAUUUGUAAGACGUAUGGAGAAUAGGUAUGAAUUUGGUCUACCAUCUAAAUUAGAAAUUAUAAAUAUUUUAAUGGCUGUGACAAAAGAUUGGAAUUUAGACAAGAUCUACCAAAGUUGCAUUGAUUAUAUUUCUGAAAUAUUUGAAUACAGAAAAACUUCUCAAGCAAUUAUUAUGGCUAUUAUUAAAAAAGUUAUGUUGACACAACCCAUUAGUAAUGAAGAAAAGAUGGAUAAAUUGAUAAAUACUGUACUAAGCGUUAACUCCAAGCUUAAAAAGAAAGAUGACUAUGAAAAUAAUACUUCUCAAGGACAUAGUUGGUUUGGUAUGAAUAAUUCGAACAGAAAAGAAGUAAUUACUCCAUUUUCUCUUUCUGAUUUUGAGGUAGAUGAAAGCCAAAGCAAUAUCUUAACUGAUGAUGGCGAGUAA